AUGGCGCUUACGGUUCAGCCUCAUGGGCUCGCCAUGGUCCAGCUGGUGAGCUCCAUCAUCUUUGGCAUCUUGAGCACGAUUGUCAUGUUUCUACGGGCCCAGAUUAGAUUUCGCGAUAAGGUUUUCGGCAUGGAUGAUGCACUCAUGACUGCUGGAUAUGUGCUGUUCUCAUGUCUCGUCGGCAUAUCGUGUCAAGCUACCUAUUAUGGAAUGGGUAUCCACGAUAAUGAAUUGUCCGAAGAGAUAGUACCGCAUGGCAGACAAUUCGUCUGGCUAUUCCAGAUCUUCUACUGCGCGGCCCUCGUUUUCAUCAAAGCCUCGAUUUGUUCCACUCUUCUGCGGAUCGCUGUCGUGCCGAUACAUCGCAUCAUCGCUUGGGCCACAUUAACUAUGUCUAUUUGCGCUGCCCUCAUCGUUUUUAUCAGCUUGUUUGUUCUUUGCACGCCACUACCAGCCACGUGGACAGGCCAGGGAACUUGCGCGUCACCAUCGGCCCUGGCGAUCUUGAGUUACUUUGUGUCGGCAGCAUCCUUGGUCACGGACUUGGUAUGCGCCAUACUACCCGGCUUUAUGCUCUAUAAGACCCAAAUGAAGACAGCAACGAAGAUCUCCAUUAGUCUGGUCCUUGGAAUGGGUGCUCUCGCAUCCGUAGCUACGAUCAUACGAAUGCCCUAUAUGAAGUUCUAUUUCCAUCCCGAAAAGGACUAUCUAUACCGAGUCUGCAACGUCGCCUUAUGGUGCUUGUUCGAAACGGGGAUCGGUAUCGUCGCUGGGUGUUUGCCGCCAUUACGAAAGCUAGUCAAACGCUGGGUCAAUUUCGACUCCUCACAUGGUCACUCGUCGGGGGCCACGCCAUAUGCCAGCAGCAAUGCACUUGGAGUCACUACCAAGGUAGGGGCAUCAAGCCGCAAGCCAAAGAUUUCGACGACUGGUGGUCUUUCUUCUGGGGGCGAGUGGGAGCGGCUUGACGAUGAUUCAUCGAAGCGACGGAUUCAUGUCACCGUGGACAUGGAGAUGCAUACCUUGGAACAGGGCGCCUCGUCCGUGGGAUCGCAGGACUCCAUUGAGGAGCUCGCUAGACCGAUCAGAUGA